AUGGAGAUCGGUCUUGGCGGCGAGCGCAUCUAUCGGGACUAUCGUGAUGAGUACGUCGAAUUGCCACCGGUAGCUGGUGGACGCCACCAGCAGAAUGUUCCACAGAACCCGCAUGGUGGCCAGAACACGCAAAAUUUGCGUGAAGGCUUCCAGGGUUACCACGAGCCGGAAUGGACUCAGCCACAACAUGGCCAGCAUCCCGUGCAAAGUGGGCAUGGCGCCUACAAUCCCCGUUACCCAAUUCGGGACCCUCGAAUGGGACCCCAGAGUAAGGAACUUAACCAGCCGAGUGUCGAUGAGCGCUACAGCGCACAAAAAGACCCCCAUGCUAGUUCGGUACUUUUCGCAGACCUAAGCGAGGACAGUGGUCGACUAACACCAUUCGUCGCGUUUCGUGACGAGCCUCUAACCGAUUAUGAUACCGUGGACCGCCUCCUCAAUUCGGUGUCCGUGCUCAAUUUUGGAAACACGGUUCCUGUCGCAACGCCAGUGGCCCCCGAGGACUCGUCGGAGAAUAUGGCCAACUCGCAGCUGUUAACACUGACGGCUCCGUGGAAGUCUCCGCCCCAUCCCGAGGGCAGUCACAGUCAAGAUGGACAGAACGGAAACCAGGCGCUCAGUCAGGCACAAGCUGGCCAAUGUGGUUCGCAAGACGCAGCAGGUCGCGCAACAGCGCCCGCUCACGAUAAUCAGCUGCUUACUCUUACGACGCCAUGGAAGUCGCCACCACAUGAGAACAGCAAUCCCAUGUUUAACCUGUCGAGCGAACAGAGUAAGGCCGUCGAAGAUAGCACGUACGGUGAAGCAACACAGGCCGGUCAGGAUCGCUACAUUGACAUGUACGCAAAGCCGACGGCAGCCCAGCCGCUCCAACCCAGCUCCUACCAGGACUUUCAGCAGACGUACACGUUACAGGACAUGACGGCGCCUCGCUAUGGCAACUGCAAGGACAGCUGGGAAGCGGAAUGGAGUCAGGAGUGGCCCUCCUACUGGGGUAUGCCUGAGGAGGGGCGCUCGGUUCUGGCGUCGUGAUACGGCUCGUGAUGAGAAGCGGAGAAAAUAGCGAAAAAUCACGAUUGAAGUUUGAUAGGCGCAGUUGUAUGUGUGCUUACUAUUACUUUCACAACUUCUGCUAUUAGUAGUCCGUACGGUAGUUAUGAUGAGGAUGAUAGAAAAAAAUGAAGAAGUUGAGCAUAAGACAAUUUCCGAACGAUAAAUUCGUGCAUGAUUCCAGUCAUCAGUCAAUCAAUCAAUUGUUCAAUCAGUCAAAUCAAUUAUGCUAACUAAGAUGCCGAUGCUGAUUGUGAUGAUGUUGAUGAAGGAGCUCGUUAACGCCAUAGGGAACAGAUAAUACAUGUUAGACCAAUUACAGCUGCUAUUCAUUGUUCUCACCGAUCAUCAGUAAGGCCUAAAAACGCAUUAUGGCCCACUACAGAAGCUGCUGGCCUGGAUGAGUUCGAAGCAAGAGACAUGUGUCGAUUGACGACGUCAUAUACUAUUACUGCUAACCGCAUACGCUGCGAUUGAUUUAUGAAUAGAAAAGGAUUAUAUCAACUGAUCAUUCAAUCAUUGAAUGAAUCAGUCAGUCAUGCAUCCCCCAUUACGGCAUCCUCAUCACGACCAUUCCAGCGAACUACUGGUUUCUCUAUAGUUUUCCAAAGAAAGCACAUUGCAACCGAGCAUACGGUGACGUUAAAUCUCACCCUUGUUCUGAACUAGGGUCGCUUGACGAACGUGUCAUUCUUACCAGGUUGCUCGUUCUUGAAUCGAUCGGACUCAACCAACUCAGUAUAACCAAGCAUUGUAUUUAUCUCUAUACAACAGACUGCAAUACAAGAGCUCGACUAGCGAUGGCAACAUCCGACAGUUGCUAAUUUCCUCUGCACUCAUUUGAAUUUGAGCACAGUUACUGUCUAGCCCAGUUAUUAGACCCAGCUCUACAGAGCUGAGUUACCUCCUCAGUCGCCAAUCCUCAAUGCGUAACGUUGAGCGAGACGCAAAUGUAAAUACAUAGGCAGAAUUGGAAAGGGCAGAUAGUUCUAGCUUUGCUGCAGCCGCUUGCCGUAGGUGGCUUUCGGUUCUCACGUUACUCACCCGCUCAGAAUUCUUUUUCGUUAGAAGGCUGAGAUGACGAAAACGGACGACGGCAAGGAACAACUAAAAAAUGAGCAUUCACGUCAGGUUUUCUCGAUUUCAGCCCUGUUUUUUUUUCAACUACAUCUAUUGUAGAUCCCGUUCACUCUGCUGCUACGACUGAAUGUUUUGAGAUUUACGUCCGGAACCGCGUUGACAUUGCUACCCUUAUCACUACUUCUACUGCUGUUAGAUGUACCAUUUUAAUGGUAAUGGGGGCGGCUGUAGGCAAAACGUUAUGAUCAAGUCGUGUCUGUGUGUUCUAAUAUCAUUAUUAUUAUUAUUCUUAUUUAUGUAAUUAUUGUCUCCGUUGUUCUCUGCGAAAUUGUACAAAUUAAACCGUGUUGCCUACAGACAAAAGGGCUAUCUUGAAUUGUGUGCGUCAGCUGUCGUCACGACGCUUGCUACCGAUGCCACCGCUAUAAGUAGUGAUGCAAUCCAAAAGCACGAGUGGGCAAGAGGAUGAAGUGCUGGCGGUGGGUUGGCGACAAUUGAGAUGAUUUGUGUGACACACACACGAACAUGUACAGUAUAGAAGUAUAUAUAUAUACAGAGGUAGACAUUUUUAGAAAUAUACAGAAGGGGGAGCGAGAGAGGGAGGAACAAAAAGUUUAAAUAUAUUUAUUUAAAAUUAAUAGGGAUAUUCCCGCCAACUGUUUCUUUUCUAGUUUAGUAUAGUAUGCCUCGACUAAGGAUCAAAAACAGCAUAGGAAAGAGAGAACAAACACAUCGAACAAAUCAACAAUACCUUUAUUUCAUGCUGCUUUAUUGCAUUGUGAAUUAUUUUGUUGUGACACUACUAAUAGUAUGAUACAGAUGAUUAUGACGACGGGAUGAAUUUGAUUAACACAAACGCGCAUACACAUUCAAGCGACUCCUGUUAUGACUGCUAAAUUAGUUUGAGACUGAGAAGGUCAAGAGAAUGCCAUAGAUGUGUUAUCGUUAGAGCCUGAGAAAAAUGCCCCAAUUUCCUUUCCUAUAUUCAAUUACACACGGAAGAAAGGUGACGUGUAAUACACAUAAUGUGAGCUGAUGGCGGUUUACAAAAUGUGAUGCACGAUAGGUGUCUAAAGACGUCAUUGACCGUUGGUACAUCCCCAUGAAGAAUAGCGGGGGGUGAUCUGUGAUAAAACAGGUGGAGAGAAACUCUCUCUAGCCAAUGUGGAAUUUAUACUAUUUCUAAAAUUAUGUUAAGAUUGAAGAUAAUGAUGAGGACAAUGACGACGAUAUACUGUACGCAUCAAAACUAAAAUAACAAUACGAAGAAGAGGAAAAAGGUAUUAAUUAUAAAGGGGGUAGAAGACAACGUUCGUCGAUUCGUAUUACUCUUACUCUGGAGAUGAUGAGAUGCACUUACAGGAGAGAGAUGAACACGUAAAGAAACAUACAGACGCAAAUACCAUGUUAAAGAAGAAAGGUAAAAUCAAAUGUAAAUAGUUACAUAUUUGUAUCAAAGGCAUCAGUGGCGCGGGAAAAACAUGUAGUGCUCCUGGCCCCAUCGGCCAAUCGGUCCGAUGGACAGGAUGGUCGAACGGCCUGAUGACUUUGUCCUGUUGUAUAUAUUUGCUGGUAGCUGCCCAGUUUGAGGAUGGGAUGAUAUAUCUAUAUGAAAUAAAUCUAUACAUAAGUACAUACAAGAAUAUAUAUAUAUAUAUAUAUA